GGAAACAUGAUGGAAUCCCUUAAUGACGCUGCCCAUGCAAAGACAGCCUUUUGGCUACCAAAUGCCUCUAUCAUUUUGUAUGGCUCUUCACUGCAGAGAGAGCGAAAGAGAGAGGGGAGUGGGUAGGCUUGUUAUGAACUAGUAGGCAAACAUUUGAGUAAUUCUCCGCGCGCUGGGCAUGAUUGCACAAGUGGUCCCGUGGAGGGGUCCCUAGCCCUACAACGAGUAGAGACAAGCCCGUGAGUUCCAAGAAAGCGACCGUGCGGUGCAGCCGGGGCAGAAGGCAGGUCCAACUAUUUCAUCAAGUGUUUAGAAAUCCGUGAUUCAUCGCUGAUUUCGCCCGCAGUUGCGCAUUCCAGAGGGGAGCCGUAGCGGAUGCACCAAACUCCACACAUAAUUUAUUUAUUCAUUCAUUUCCUAUCACCAGUGACUGCUGCCAACUGAAUGCGUCUGAGUGGUUGUGAUAGAUAGCUCUUUGUUUUCGUCCCCCGUUGCCCUCUCUACUUGCUCUAGAACUUCUAACCAAGCUGACUAAGGAUGGACGGGAACCGAACCAUCGACCCAAGCUGCAGUGAAAAACCUCCCGUGGCCAUCGACAUCCUUCUCCAGUUGGACAUCUUUGGUAUCAUCCUGUACUCAGUGCUGACCUUCAUGGCAGCGGUGUCCAUGCUGGUCUUCAUAGAGGAGUGUUGGUACAUCUACCGGAAGGUUCCCUCCAACAAGAAGAGCGCAAUCAUCUGGGUCAAUGGGGCAGCGCCGGUGAUUGGCACCAUGUCCUGUCUGGGGAUGUGGAUUCCCCGAGCCACCAUGUUUACUGACAUGACCUCUGCCUGCUACUUUGCGAUCGUAGUGUUUAAGUUCCUGGUGUUAAUGAUCGAGGAGGUGGGGGGUGACGAGGCGUUUCUACGGCGAGCAGGGAGGAACAAAUUGAAGAUCAGUACUGGUCCCUGUUGCUGCUGCUGCCUCUGUCUACCCCAUGUCAACAUCACACGACGGAGUUUGUUCCUGCUGAAGUUGGGGUCGUUUCAGUUCGCCCUGAUGAAGGUUGUCUUCACCAUUCUGUCAGUCAUCCUCUGGACCAAUGGCAACUUCGACGUUACAGAUACGGCGGUAACAGGAGCGUCCAUCUGGAUAUCCCUGGGAGUGGGGGUCCUGACCAUCAUAGCACUGUGGCCUGUAGCCAUCAUGUUCAUGCAUCUCAGGACCACGCUGCGCAGCCUCAAGAUCAUUCCCAAAUACGCCAUGUACCAGCUGGUGCUAGUGCUGAGUCAGCUCCAGUCUGCCAUCAUCAACAUCCUGGCUAUGAUGGGAACGAUCGCCUGCACCCCGCCAUACUCCUCUCAGGCCAGGGGAUACUUGAUGAGUCAACAGUUGUUAAUCCUGGAGAUGUUCAUCAUCACCUUGGUAACCCGCCUGUUGUAUCGUCGCCAGUACGAGCCACUCCCUGACGACGAGCAUGAUGACGACCACACUAAGAUUGGUCUAUCAGCCGAGAGAACUCUGGCAUAGUGUGUGUGUGUGUGUGUGUGUGUGUGUGUGUGUGUGUGUGUGUGUGUGUGUGCAUACAUUUAAGGGAGAAUUAUGUGGGAUCAGGAUCUGUUGGAGAAUACUGAUAUAUUCUCAUAUGUGUAUAUGGACUAAACUGACAGAACACAAUGGAUGACCUGAACUUGUUCUGUUCUGUUACACUGAAUUGUCCAAUAAGAAAUCAGUUCAGUACUUUCCUUGGUGAGCGAAGUGGUUAAGAUGGAUCAGAGUUCUUCAUCUCUCAGUCACUGUGUUUGGAUGUGAUAGUGUUGUUGUUGUUGUGUAACUGUAAUAUACAAAUGAUUUCAGAAAUGUAUUUUUAUCACAAGUUAUAUGUUUUGCCAUUGUGAACUUUGUACUUGUAUCAUAAUGAUCAAUUUAUAAUGUAUACUCUUUUUCUUACGUUUUAAUUUGAGGAGUUGUAUUUGGUCAUUUGUUUUUCAGUAGGCAGGUCACACACAGGUCUGGGUUAUGGUGGGCAGACUGUAGUUGUAGAGGAGAAACCUGUAUUUGUUGCGGUGGCAUGAUUGACAGAGUGACACUGAGCAAGCAGUAGCCUACAUUGACAACAUUUGGGUAAGGUUAUGCCAACAUUAAAGGUCAGAUCACCACAGCUCGUUAUCCUCUUCAGAUCUGUAUCUUGUGGGAAUCUGAGUUAUCACAACAAACCAGAUACAGGUUUGGAUUAGAAGUCCUGGUAAAAAAAACAGUACCAGUCAAAAGUUUGGACACACCCACUAAUUCAUUACUAUUUUCUACAUAUUAAAAUAAUAGUGAAGACACCAAAACUAUGAAAUAACUCAUGGAAUCAUGUAAAGAACAAAGUGUCAGACAAAUAAUGUUGUAUUUGAGAUCCUUCAAAGUAGCCACCCUUUGCCUUGAUGACAGCUUUGCACAUGCUUAGCAUUCUCUCAACCAGCUUCACCUGGAAUGCUUUUCCAACAGUGUUGAAGGAGUUCCCCCAUAUGCUGAGCACUUGUUGGCUGCUUUUCCUUCACUCUGCGGUUCAACUCAUCCCAAACCAUAUCAUUUGGGUUGAGAUGAUUCUGGAGGCCAGGUCAUCUGAUGCAGCACUCCGUCACUCCUUCUUGGUCAAAUAGCCCUUACAAAUCUAAUUGUAUUUGUCACGUGCACCGAAUACAGGUACCGUACACUGAAAUGCUUACUUACAAGCCCUUAACCAACAAUGCAGUUUUAAGAAAAAUAACAAAGAAAAGUAACAAAUAAUUAAAUAGCAGCAGUAAAAUAACAAUAGCGAGGCUAUAUACAGGGGGUACUGGUACCAAGUCAGUGUCCGGGGGCACUGGUUAGUCGUAAUUAAAGUGACUAUGCAUAGAUAAUAAACGGAGUAGCAGCAGCUUAAAAGAGGGGUGGGCAAUGCAAAUAGUCUAGGUAGCCACUUAAUUAGAUGUUCUAGAGUCUUAUGGCUUGGGGGUAGAAGCUGUUUUGAAGCCUCUUGGACCUAGACUUGGUGCUCCGGUACCGCUUGCUGUGCGGUAGCAGAGAGAACAGUCUAUUACUUGGGUGGCUGGAGUCCUCUGACACGGCCUGGUAUAGAGGUCCUGGAUGGCAGGAAGCUUGGCCCCAGUGAUGUACUGGGCCGUACGCACUACCCUCUGUAGUGCCUUGUGGUCAGAGGCCCGAGCAGUUUCCAUGCCAGGCAGUGAUGCAACUAGUCAGGAUGCUCUCUGGUGCAUCUGUAGAACCUUUUGAGGAUUUGAGGACCCAUGCCAAAUCUUUUCAGUCUCCUGAUUGGGAAUAGGUUUUGUCCUGCCCUCUUCACAACUUUCUUGGGGGGCUUGGACCAUGUUAGUUUGUUGGUGAUGUGGAUACUAAGGAACUUGAAAAACUCAACCUGCUCCACUACAGCCCCGUCAAUGAGAAUGGGGGCGUGCUCAGUCCUCCUUUUCCUGUAGUCCACAAUCAUCUCCUUUUGUCUUGAUCAUGUUCAGGGAGAGGUUGGUGUCCUGGCACCACACGGCCACGUCUCUGACGUCCCCUAUAGACUGUCUCGUUGUUGUCGGGGAUCAGGCCUACUACUGUUGUCAUCAGCAAACUUAAUGAUGGUGUUGGAGUUGUGCCUGGCCGUACAGGGAGUACAGGAGGGGACUGAGCACGCACCCCUGAGGGGCCCCCGUUUGGAGGAUCAGCGUGGAGGAUGAUGAGCUUUGUGAGCUUUAUGGUGUUGAACGCUGAGCUGUAGUCAAUAAAUAGCAUUCUCACAUAGGUGUUCCUUUUGUCCAGGUGGGAAAGGGCAGUGUGGAGUGCGAUUGAGAUUGCGUCAUCUGUUGGGGUGGUAUGCAAAUUGGAGUGGGUCUAGGGUUCCCGGGAUAAUGGGGUUGUGAGCCUUUCAUAGCACUUCAUGGCUACCGACUUGAGUGCUACGGGGAGGUAAUCAUUUAGGCAGGUUACCUUCCCUUUCUUGAGCACAGCAACUAUGGUGGUCUCCUUGAAACAUGUAGGUAUUACAGACUAGGUCAGGGAAAGGUUGUAAAUGUCAGACACUUGCCAGUCGGUCUGUGUAUGCUUUGAGUACACGUCAUGGUAAUCCGUCUGGCCGAGUGGCUUUUUGACCUGUUUGAAGGUCUUGCUCACAUCGGAUUCGAAAAGUGUGAUCACACAGUCAUCCAGAACAGUUGGUGCUCUCAUGCAUGUUUCAGAGUUGCUUGCCUCAAAGUGCGCAUAAAAGGCAUUUUAACUUGUUGGGUAGGCUCGCUUCACUGAGCAGCUCGUGGCUGUGUUUCCCUUUGUAGUCCGUAAUAGUUUGCAAACCCUGCCACAUCCGACGAGCGCCAGUCUAGUAGGACUCCAUCCUAGUCCUGUAUUGACGCUUUGCCUGUUUGAUGGUUUGUCGGAGGACGUAGCGGCAUUUCUUAUAAGCGUCCAAAUUAGUGUCCAGCUCCAGUCUGUUUGUUCAGUCCCACGGAAUAGAACUAGUGUUCCUUUCCCCUACAAAGCAUCAGGCUGAGACUGAGGCUGAUGGUUUGGUUUCAGAUCCGACGGAGAAAAGGAAUAAAGAUGUUUUUCUCUUCCUCCCUUUGGGGACACAGUUUUGAUUGGGCACAGCUGGCAUCAGUGGCAUCUGGUUACAGUGGCAUGCUCUGACAGCAAGUUACAGAAAAGAGAGUUUUGCAGUAAAUUAAACUAUAUGAACAUUAUCAGAACAUUUUAUUUCAAUAUUUGUUGCAAUAUAUACCCUCUUUCUUCCCAAUUUUGUGAUUACGAUCUAGUCUCGUAGCUGCAACUCCCCAAAGGGCUCGGCAGAGGCGAAGGUCGAGUCAUGCGUCCUCAGAAACAUGGCCAAGCCGUGCUUCUUAACAUCUGCUUGCUUUUUCUGGAAGCCAGCUGCACCAAUGUGUCAGGAAACACUGUGCAACUGAUGACCACGGUCAGUCUGCAGGCGCCCGGCCCGCCACAAGGAGUCGCUAGAGCGCGAUGAGCCAAGUAAACCCCCCCCCUGACAAACCCUCCCCUAACCUGGAUGACGUUGGGCCAAUUGUGCGUCGCCCUAUGGGACUCCCGGUCAUACCGCAACACUGCGAUGCAGUGCCUUUGUCCACUGCGCCACUCGGGUAUAAGAACACUUUAAGUCAUUUCAGGAACGGGAAUAAACAAAUUAGAAUUAUUAUGCAUUAAGUAUGUUAUUUAUGUUACUGAAAGAAUCCAGAACAAACGGAUGCAUUUUUAUUCUAUUAUCAGAAAGAGAGUGUCUGACGUGUCCUGGGGGGAGGAUCAUAAAGACCUGGUAGAAACUGCCAUGCAGUAUUGAAGAUAGACUUGGCCAAACUCCUAAAUCCCCAAAACGGGAUAAUUAAGCAAUAUUGACACUUUUGGGAAUGGUCUGUGGACACAGUUAAGAUGAGUGUGUUUAUUUUGGUGAUCUCACGAAGGAUAAGAAACACAAAGGUAUCUCUUAAAGUGUACAUUUCUCAGCUGUCAGGUUUACAUCUAAAUAUUGUGACACAUAUGUGAUUAAACUAUUUGUGAAAAGAUGCAAUGUGUUAACCUUCUAAAUGAGAGUAUGAAUUUUCAUAUGAAAAUUAGCUAGUCAGUGUCCACACCCACGUGAGCAUUGACAUUCCGUCGGCAUCAUGGAACUGCCCCUUUCUACUGAAAUGUAUAAAAUCCUGAUGAAAUUCACAGCAGACCACGCAAACUAAGCUAGGGUUGCAAAUGGUUGAAUUUCGAAUUCUAGAAAACAUGCAGCUGACGCAACAUGUUGAAAUAGUUGGCACUACAACUCUACCAAAGGACAAGACCAUACUAUGCGGAGCAUUGGCUACACGUCUGGAAAUGGUUCAACUCUGAGACUAUCGAUCACUACAGAAUAAGAGCAAAUCUUAGACGUAUAAUUACUAGUCUGCAGCUAGAAAUGACGUAAAUGUAGAACAAGAAUACCAACAAACGUUGACGCAUCUAUGAGAACACUUCCGAAUGGUACUCUGAAGUAUCCAAUUUAACCACGUACAUCCAUGAAAGACAUUGUGACUCCUGGGAAAGUUAACCAGAGACCCUGAUGAACCCUAAAGGACUAUCAAGGAUUCCAACAGUGAGGAAGACAACGACAUAUGGGCGUAAAUAUAUAAAUUACAACUAUUCUCCUUUUUGUCCACCAAGCCGUCAUAUUGGCUAAGUCCGCUAGGGACUUUUCUAUCAUUGUUAGUAACCAAUAUCUGUUUGUUUAUGUAUUUCUGUGAUUUAUUUUGUUAGUAAAUAAAUAAUUAAGCCAA